AUGAGGCCUCCUGCCCGGAUACCUGACCAAACAGGGGCUGGUGAAGAGAACACGGACGCCUCGGCCUUCACGGGCCAUCCCGUCGGGGUCCCCGCGCCAGAGCCGGAACCGGAGGAAGUGAUGGGCCUGAGCCAACUGCCCCCGGAGCUGCUCCUGGCGGUGCUGAGCCUCCUGCCCCCGCGCACGCUGCUCGGCCGCUGCCGCCAGGUGUGCCGGCGCUGGCGCGCCCUGGUGGACGCCCCGGGCCUGUGGCUGAAGAUCCUGGCCCGGGACCACCGCGCCCUGUGGCCGGUCGUCCGCAGCUGCCUGCCGCGCGCCGACGCCGCCAGUGCCUGCCUCCUGGGCCGCUUCUGCGCGCGCGGACCCAUAGGACGCAAUCUCCUCCAAAAUCCCAAGAGCAAAAAAGGCUUCCAGAAAUGGACCGUACCGGGCGUUCAGGAUGGCUGGUCCCUGCAGGAUAAAGCCGGGCUCACGUAUUGUUACCGGAAGAAAGUGUUGGACCUGGAGGAGGAGGGUCUGUGGCCCGAACUCCUGGAUAGUGACAAGGUUGAGAUUUCUGUCUAUGACUGGCGGACAGACCGACAAGGCACUGACUGUAUAUAUCAGCUAAUUGUUCGACUUCUAGAUGCCAACCAAGCUGUCCUGGAUCACUUCUCUCCUAAACCUUUCCCCAUCCGGAAGUGGAGAAACAGUGUCUCCCAUCAGGUCAGCCAUGUGUUCUCCAACCUCAAGACAGGUGUCCGCUUUGUGUCUUUUGAACACUGGAUGUGGGACUUGGAGUUCUGCUCUGAGCAAUGCGGAGUCUAUCUGACCAACUCCAGUGUGAUUGUGAGCAUCCGACUGUUCUAG